ACUGGACUUACUCGUAAUAGCUGGAAUAAAAAAGGAUCAACAUGGAUAAAGUACUUGGAUUACUGUGCGCGCUUCUGUUUGUUGGAUAUAUCGAGGCAGCCAUUACUGCAUGGACGGGCAAAGCGUUUGGUGGGCCAAUUACAGUUACGGGAGAUGCGCCUGAUGGAGCAGGAACCAUAAUGCCAACAUUGUCAACAUCUACAGCUGUGGGGGCAACCCUGUUUACUCUGACAGCCACUGCUGGCACUGCGAUUGCAAGUUAUACAUUCCAUACGACAGAUGGAAACCCUGGAACGCACGGAGCAAUAGCUAUGAGCGGAACGAGUGGUGUUGUAACACUUGCUAAGGCGAUUGAAUACCCCACUGUAAAGCAACUGAUCUUCAAAGUCGUGGCUAACGACAGCACUCAGGGUACCGCACUCACAGGCACGUUCACCAUGACUGUCAACUUCGGUCCAUCCACCGAUAAUGUCUACUCAUUUUGUGUUGCCGAUCCGACAGCGUCAGGAACUGUUAUUGGAAAACCAACUUCAUCCGUAUCCACUGGUGUGUGGACUAUAACAACUGGGACAGACGCCGCAAAAUUUACGAUUGCGGACGGUUCAAUUAAGACUGCAGCAAAACUUGAAUCAUCUGACAAAGUCUUCUAUAUGGCAACCCUAACGCUGACGGACGGUACCGUGAGCACAACCCCCUGGCCCCUGUACGUGCUCGUCGACAACAGUUGCCUGAGCAGCGAAGGCGUCCAGGUCAUAGCCUGUGUAGUCACAAUCGUUAUGACAGUCUUUGCGUACAUUGUAAUGUAAACAUCAAGUGGAAAUAACAUCUUUCUUCACCAUCCAUGAAAGAUGUAAUUGAUUUACCGAUUUCUUCGCUGAUUCUUCCCAAACAACAACAUGACUUUCAACCAAAAGUUACUGAUUAUUGAGGCUAACUUAAAAUUGUUUAAUAGCUGAAUCUCAUCUUUCGAUUUCUUCAUCAGUAAACAUUCUCUCGAUAAUUAAAUCCGUUUAGCAUACGUAUACAUGUAAAUCAGUGAUAUUUAUACAUUAUUGUGUACUGUUAUUAAUAGUUUUCACCAUGAUUUUUCAUGUGAAACAUUUACUGUUUCAGUGGAAAUGAAUUUACGGAAACUAACGUGAUUAAUGUGUGAUCUCUUUGUUGUAUUGUGUAUAUGUAUGUGUUUGACCUAUAAAA